AUGUUUGAACUAACAACCUUCAGCACACAGAGACUCAGCACACAGCGACUCAGCACACAGAUAUUCAUCACACAGCGACCCAGCACACAGCGACCCAGCACACAGAGACUCAGCACACAGCGACUCAGCACCCAGCGACUCAGCACACAGCGACCCAGCACACAGAGACUCAGCACACAGCGACGCAGCACACAGCGACGCAGCACAGAGAGACUCAGCACACAGAUAUUCAUCACACAGAGACUCAGCACAGAGAGACUCAGCACAGAGAGACUCAGCACAGAGAGACUCAGCACAGAGAGACUCAGCACACAGAUAUUCAUCACACAGAGACUCAGCACACAGAUAUUCAUCACACAGAGACUCAGCACACAGAUAUUCAUCACACAGAGACUCAGCACACAGAUAUUCAUCACACAGAGACUCAGCACACAGCGACCCAGCACACAGCGACUCAUCACACAGCGACUCAUCACACAGCGACUCAGCACACAGAGACUCAGCACAGAGAUAUUCAUCACACAGAGACUCAGCACACAGAGACUCAGCACACAGAGAUUCAUCACACAGCGACUCAGCACAGAGAGACUCAGCACACAGAGAUUCAUCACACAGAGACUCAGCACACAGAGAUUCAUUUACAUAAUAAUCUCUCAGUAA